AUCUGAAUGGAUGUCUCCUGGAAAGCGAUGGCUGAGCAGAACCCUUGCUUGGAAAUGCAAGCCUUGUUCACCAUGGAUCCUGCUCCAAAUAGGUUUGGGUCAGGAGGAGCAGAACAAGUCACAGGAGAAAGGAUACCCAGUGCUGGUCCUGUCUGCGGCUCUGGAAGAGUCUGAGCCAGUUGAGGAGUAACAUUCCCCCUUUUACACUGAUACGGCUGUCUGAUAGUUUUUCUAAUUGUUGAAGAUCUGAACAAGUUGCUACCAGGAGGCCCAUAAGAAAGAUUGCCCACCGGCCAGUGCGGGACUCCUCUUAUCCCUAAGAAAGAAAUUAGUAGUGAAAAGUCAGAGAGAAUCAAGAGUGGGAAGGGACGGAAGGGGGAGGAAGGAAAAGGUUGGUGCUUUCAGAGGUACUGAGAAUAGUCCUGGGCAGAAGGCAAUUCCAGUGGGGGGCAGCGAAGGAUUUGCUUGAGGUCAUUCCAUGCAGGAACCUCCAUCCAUAGGUUGCAAAGCCUUUAGGAGCAAUGAUUGUGUCGAGGGUGCUGUGUUUCUGGGCUACUGGAGCCUGAGGACAUCACAUGAAGUCCCUGGUCCAUCUGUCAUUGCUUUGCUGGAACUUCUCCUGCGACAGAGGACUUCUGCUGCUCACCUCGUGACACUCCGUCAGAGAUGAACGCAGGCCUGCCUUUGUAGCAAGGAGGCCCGAGGGAAGAGGGGGCGCUUCCAUCGUCUCACCAUGGUGCUUCCACCCCCGGACAAGCGGCAUGUGUGUCUCACCACUAUUGUUAUAAUGACCAGCAUGGCAUUCAUGGACGCUUAUCUGGUGGAGCAGAACCAGGGGCCCCGUAAGAUUGGCGUCUGCAUCAUCGUCCUGGUAGGAGACAUCUGCUUUCUGAUUGUGCUGCGCUACGUGGCUGUCUGGGUGGGGGCUGAGGUCAAAACAGCCAAGCGUGGCUAUGCUAUGAUUCUGUGGUUCCUCUACAUCUUUGUACUGGAAAUCAAACUCUACUUUAUAUUCCAGAACUACAAGGCUGAUAAGAGAAACCUGGAGACAGUGGCCAGGAAGGCACUGACCUUGCUGCUCUCCAUCUGCGUGCCAGGACUAUACUUGGUGCUCGUGGCUUUGGACAGCAUGGAAUACAUCCGCACUUUCCGGAAGAAAGAGGACUUGCGAGGAAGGCUCUUCUGGGUAGCCUUAGACCUCCUGGAUAUCUUGGACAUUCAAGCCAAUCUGUGGGAGCCGCACAAGACGGGGCUGCCCAUCUGGGCAGAAGGACUCAUGUUCUUCUACUGCUACAUUCUUCUCCUGAUCCUCCCUUGCGUUUCGCUCAGCGAAAUCAGCAUGCAAGGGGAGCACAUUGCUCCGCAGAAAAUGAUGCUCUACCCUGUCCUGAGCCUGGUGACCAUCAACGUCGUCACCAUCUUCAUCCGUGCCAUCAACAUGGUGUUGUUCCAAGACAGCAGAGUCUCCACCAUCUUCAUCGGCAAGAACAUCAUCGCCAUCGCCACCAAGGCCUGCACUUUCCUCGAGUACAAGAAGCAGGUGAAGGAGUUUCCGCAAAACGCCAUUGCGCUCGAGCUGCAGCAGAACUCGGUGCCCCACAACCAGACGGUCCACAGUUCGCAGGGCAUUUCUCACGAGCAGUCGCCCACCAGGGAAAUCUUGGACACAUGACGGGGCCCCUCGGGCAUUGGCGCUUGCUCACCUUCCCUUGGCAGGGUGGGAGAGGGGAUUGUGCUCUCACCCCAGCACCCAGAGCUGCCCCCACCCCCGGCACAAGGUUCUGAUCAAAGUGGUGGGACACCCCAUGCAUCUCAGGUAUUUCCUUGGGGGGGGGCCCUCUAGAAAGAAAACAAAACCAAAUGGACCUCCGGAGAAGAACUUUGCCCCAGUCAGCUUCUGAUCUUUUCUAUCUGUUUGUUACCUGUGCAUCACAACAUGAUGGGAAUGAAGA